GCCUACCCACCUAAUUCUUCUUCCACCCAAGUUCACCCAUCUUCACCACCUCUUCACUUCACCCAAUUCGUCCGAACCGCUCCUCACUCUUUGAAAGACUCGCUGCACACCCGUCAACAUGAUUAUCUACAAGGACAUCAUCACUGGCGACGAGCUCAUCUCCGACUCGUACGAUCUCAAGGAGAUCGACGGCAUUGCCUACGAGGCCGACUGCAAAAAGAUUACCCUUGGCCCAGUCGAGGUCAACACUGGAGCCAACGCUUCUGCAGAGGGUGGUGACGAUGAGGGUGCCGAAGACACUGCCCAGACUGUCAUUGACGUCGUCCACUCCUUCCGCCUCAAUGAGACCAGCUUCGACAAGAAGAGCUAUCUGUCCCACCUCAAGGGCUACAUGAAGGCUGUCAAGGACAAGCUGAAGGCGAACGGUGCUAGCGAUGAGGAAGUCACGACCUUCGAGAAGGGUGCUCAGGGCUUUGCGAAGAAGAUCGUUGCCAACUUCAAGGACUACGAAUUCUUCAUCGGCGAGUCCAUGGACCCAGAUGGAGCUGUCGUUCUCCUGAACUACCGGGAGGAUGGCGUGACUCCUUUCGUCACCAUCUGGAAGCACGGUCUGAAGGAGGAGAAGGUCUAAGCUGAUACAUUAUGACGUUACGAAAUGCCGCAUGCUGCGUGGUGUUACAGGUCGAGGAGCAGAUGCCUUCGAUGGUAUGGAAGCACAUGUUUCGACUUCAAAAGCAUGCUAGACUUGGAUUUCCACGAGCAGCUGCAACAUUGCAGCCCGAAACAUACCUUACACCCACGAUACCCUCGAACUAACAGCUUAUGAGUUUGACUUAAUCAUCUUCGUGUCCGUACACUCACGUGCGUGCCUGUGC